GUGACCUUGGAAUUCUCACAUCUUCCAUUGCUCGGGAGCGGGGCGAGGAAGUAAAUUUAAGCCAUGACAAGAACGAAAGUAAAACUCGCCUACAUCACAAACGACUCGGCGAGAAAAGCCACAUUCAAGAAGAGAAAGAAGGGACUGAUCAAGAAGGUCAGCGAGUUGAGCACUCUCUGCGAUGUCGAUGCUUGCGCGAUAAUCUGCAGCCCCUACAACGCUCAACCGGAGGUUUACCCUUCGUCAUCGGGUGUCCAACGAGUCCUGGCUAAGUUCAAGAAGAUGCCGGAGAUGGAGCAGAGCAAGAAGAUGGUGAACCAGGAGAGCUUUCUUCGACAGAAGAUCGCCAAGGCGAACGAGCAGCUGAAGAAGCAAAGGAAGGAGAACAAGGAGAAGGAGAUCACCCAUGUCAUGUUCCAGAGCCUGACGGGGGCGAAAGGCCUGCAAGGUUUGAGCGUCCAGGACUUGAAGGAUCUUGGCUGGAUGAUCGAGCAGAAGUUGAAGGAUAUCAACAAGAGGAUGGAGAGGAUCGGCGACAGCAGGUUACUGUCGACACAAGGCGGCUGCAAGGCACGGGUGGUGGCGGUGCAAGCUGCGACAAUUACUGCGGAGGAGAAGCCGAGGAGCUGCAAUGGAGAGAGCGCUACAUUGGUGGCGACCGGUGCGGUGGAGAGGCCACCGGAGUUCGAGACCAACGGUGAUAGCAAUAUGCAGAGGCAGCUGCAAUGGUUCAUGGACAUGAUAAACGUUCCGCAGCAGCAUCAACACGUGGGGUUUGGUCGAGAGGAUGUGUUGUCUUUUGGAGAAAGUGGUCAUUGGCCUAAUGGGUUUUUCCCUUGA